GUCUGGUUUAAUGAAUGUGGGACCCACACAAAAAAAUUGCAUCUAAAUUUCCCAUAUCGGCCCCUAUAUUUUGGCGUUACGACGAGUGUUGUAAAUGAGGAGAACCCCCGCCAACUUCGGAGUUUGUCCAAACCCCAGGACAGAUCUUCUCAAACAUAAACCACUCACAAAUCUGGGGCUCUAAGACCUGGAAUUUUCGUCUGAUUCUCAAGAACCCGGAGCCCGGAGGUCGCCAUCCUCGCCCCUAAACCCCUCAACAUGUCUCCUUCCAAAUCAAGAUCUGGGAAGAAAUGGCACCCAUCCAUCCUUUCUAGAACCAAGCUCUGCAGAGGGGAUUCUUCCGCCAUUGAUUCAGACGCCCUCGUCUCUCUCGAACGGAAGCCUUCCCAGUCCCAGAAUUCGCCCCAGAAUCGGAGUAUUAGAGUGCUGGAAAUGCCAGAAACGGAAAUUGGGGAGCUGGAAGAGGAAAUAAGGGUGUUAAGGGAGCAAUUAGGGUGUGCAGAGGGGGAAAGAAACCAAGCACUUGAUGAGCUUAGGGAGUUGAGACAAGCAGUUGAAGAGGCUAAUUACUUGAAGGAAAUGUUGUAUAGUACACGCCAAGAAUUGAAUGCCAAAGACAGGAGUACCGAGUGUUUAAAAUCAGAGCUUGAUAAGGCAAAGCAGGUUGUAAAAAUGUUGAGAGAGGCAAUGGACAAUGCAGAAGAAGCAGCCCGCGAUUCGGUUUCUGAUCACAGGAGGAGAAUUCAGGAGCUGGAAGAUGAAGUGGAGAAGAGGAAGUUCUCAGAGGCCAACGUUCUCGUCGCCUUAGAGCAGAACAAGGUUGAAAUGGAAGUUUGCAAGCGAGAAAUGGCUCGACUUUACGAGAAGAUUAAGUCGAUGGAGGAGGAGAAUUCGAGGUCCUGCAAUGGGGAAACUGCAGCGAAAGAAGAAGCCUCGUUGAAGAUUAAGCACUUGACGGAUGAAGUAUCUCGUCUCGAGAACGAAUUGAAGAUGGCAACCGAAGCAGAAGAGAAGAGCAGAAAGGCGAUGGAUACUUUAGCCUCAGCCCUAAAAGAAGUAGCAGAAGAAGCCACCGAGGCUAAGGAGACUGUGAAACAUAAACUUGGGGCGACUCAAAUCGAACUGGAUCAAGUCAAGAAGGAAAACGCCAAGUUGAAAGAGAGAGUAGCCGAGAUAGAGGAUAAGCAAAAGAAGGAUUUGGAAGAGGCAAAGAAGGAAAUGGAGAUGCACAGAAAUGCAGCUGAGCGAGUGAGAUUAGAAGCCGAGGAAACCCUCUUGGCUUGGAAUGGGAAAGAGAUUGGGUUCGUGAGCUGCAUAAAACAAGCAGAGGAAGAACGGGACAGUGCACAACGCGAAAUCGUUCGACUGAGAGACAUAUUGAAGCAGGCGAUUAGCGAAGCCAACGCUGCCAAAUUAGCAGCCAACACCGCCAUAAACGAAAACUCAAAACUCAAAGACGCCAUCACGGAUAAGGAGGACGCCCUGCAUUUCCUUGAACUGGAGAUCGAACGUCUCAAGACCAACAAAGUUUCGCGAGAAUGCCAAGAAAAAGAUUGAAUCCUCAAAACUUCAUAGUAUGUACUCAAGAAUCCCCGAUUAUUACCAAAUCUUGAAAACCAGAAUCAUAUCAUCAACCAUUCAACAUUAUAUUUUCUGCCAGCCUUCAAAAUCAUCAGCAAAUCAAAUAUUUGAUGAGUGAUUCAGAUAGCUGGAUGGAGACCACACCUUGUUAGCAUAUAUUGAGAAACAGCUUCAAUAGGAAAACAUUUGGUCAUAUGUGUGUGUGUUAUACAGCCUUAAAGUCAAUAUCAGACUUAAAAUUCCAUAACAUUAUAAUACAGAUAUUUGUUUCCUAUAAAAUAUACCCUUUUGUAGUCACUUUAAAUAGUUGAUGUGGGAGCAAUCGAUUUCACUAGAAA